AACUCUUAAAAGAUAUUUUAAUUUGUCUGCUGCUUAAUGGCAUCAUCCUAAUGAAGUUAAGAUCAGCACAGCUAGGGAAAAAAAGCAGGACUAAAAUAUUGUUUGGCUGUCACAAAUAGCUUGUUGAUUCCCACAAAUAUCCUUGGCGAUGAUCCACAUGUCCAAGUUGCUUGAAUGCUGUUUUGCUGAGGGCAGUUCUGUCAACAAAAAGAAGGCCAUGGCUGGUAAGCAAGAUGUGGAGAGAGGCGAAAACUGUGAGGGAGAAGAGAUUAGAGCUCCACUUAUUGCAGCACCAAAGGAGGAGAAGCACUCCAAAAAGGAUGAUAGAUGCAUGGUGUAUCUCAGCACAUUUGUUGCAGUUUGUGGCUCUUACGCCUUCGGAUCUUGCGCAGGGUAUUCAUCUCCUACUCAGUUUGCUAUCAGAGAAGAUGUCAACUUAUCCUUAGCUGAGUACUCAUUGUUUGGCUCCAUACUGACUUUUGGAGCGAUGAUUGGGGCAAUCACAAGUGGCAAAAUCGCAGAUUACAUAGGCCGUAAAGGGGCAAUGAUAGUAUCAAGUGGAUUCUGUGCAGCAGGGUGGCUUUCGAUCUACUUUGCCGAGAGUGCUCUGCUUCUUGACAUUGGGAGACUGGCAACUGGAUAUGGGAUGGGAGUCUUUUCUUAUGUGGUUCCGGUGUUCAUAGCUGAGAUCGCCCCAAAGGAUUUAAGAGGAGCUUUGACAACCAUAAAUCAGCUUAUGAUAUGCACUGGAGUAUCUGUAUCCUUCAUCAUAGGCACAUUGCUGACAUGGAGGACUCUAGCAUUAGUAGGCAUAGUUCCUUGUGCUGUUCUGUUAGUAGGUCUCAGCAUCAUCCCAGAGUCUCCGAGAUGGCUGGCAAAGCAAGGAAAACAGAAGGAGUUUGAGUCAUCACUGCGUAGGCUUAGGGGAAAGGAUGCUGAUGUAUCAGCAGAGGCAGCAGAAAUCCAAGACUACAUAGAGACACUGGAGAGGCUUCCAAAAGCCAAACUGCUAGAUUUGUUUCAAAAGCGAUAUUUGAGAUCAGUCACGAUAGGAGUAGGACUAAUGGUGUGCCAACAGUUUGGAGGAAUCAAUGGAGUCUGUUUCUACACAAGCAGUAUCUUCGAGUCUGCAGGAUUCCCAGCUGACCUUGGAACUAUAAUCUACGCGAUUCUUCAGGUGAUAAUCACAGCACUAGGCGCUGCUUUCAUCGAUAGAGCAGGAAGAAAACCUCUUCUAGUGGUAAGUAUCAGUUUUAGCUGUUCAUAAACA